CACAAAUAACGAUCCCGAGGCAGGCUGAAGAACUGAAGGCGAAACAGACACUUGCGAUCGAAUGCUACUUGAUCUGUUGCCAACUGUGCGAUCUUUCAUCGUUGUUCAAGCUCGGAAGAAUACUAGAAUUUGUGCCAACAUUUCAGCUGUGAAUUUCAUACAAACCAGGCGUAUGGUGUAGCGAGAGUUAGUAAGAAUUUGCUUCAUUUUGCAAAGUCGAAUUGGGAUGCAUACAUGAUUCUAUGAGUCAUAUCAUGUCUUAUGGCGGUGAGUAUUCUUUAUCCUUUCUGCAUAGCGCAAGACUCUAAAAACCAAACGCAAAGACACGCACCUCAAGAUUGCAUCCGAAAAGGCGAACCAAUAAUCCCACCCGCAUAUUGAUAUUUUUCGCACAGAAAAUAAAGGAUGAAUUGGGCGAACAAUCCGAUCCGACACCGCUUCCGGCGGAUGCGCGUACUCACCGACGAGAUUGCCAUGACGGUGGACGAGGCCGCGACGGAACUUGAACAAUGGUGCCGCAGCCACCCCGACGCCACGCAGACCGGGGAUAUCGAAAAUUUGUACCGCGCCCUGCAGGAAGACGAGGGGUGGCGGGAGCUGGGCGCGGAAGAGGGGUACUUUUCCCGCAGUCGCAUCACAGUGGAGGUCGCGCUGAUGCCGAGCGCGCUUGGGCGCAUGGACGAAGCAUUGGACUUACUGCUGCGUCAACUCCUGCUUCACUACUUCCCGGAAUGCCAGGGGUACCUCCUCUCUUUUACCGGCGCGGAGAAGGCGGUGGGCACGGGUUUCUCCCACACCUCGCUCGGGUUCAUCCACACGCGAGUAACCUUCAACGCAAUCAUUUUCAACCCCUUCUGUGACCCGAAGAAGUUCUUUCCCGGCCGCGUGAUCACCUGUAAGGAGAAUUUCGUCCUAGUGCGGUGUAUGGAUUUUUUCACGGUCAAGUUCCCCGCCAAGAUGCUGCAGGAGCACCAACUUGUCUACGUAAAGGACCCCAUUUGCCGCUACUGGGUGAUGAAGGACGUCGACAGGAAACAGGCGGUGAAGAACCAAAAUUUGAUCAACCAACACGGAGUGACAGUGUCCGCGCCGAAAAACAGUAUGGCGCUUAAGCCGAUUUUGGCGGACGAAUUGGACGAAAACGACGAGGAACUCCAAAUGGAAUCCGCAGGAGAUUACAACUCAACCAGCAAGGUGCCAUUGAGUCAGGAAAAGCGACAGGAGCUUUUGGCGUAUAUGAACACGAAAGCGCUGAUUCCGGAGCAGACAAGAGUGAAGUUCAAGAUUGAGCCGCACUCUAACGGGGAACCGGGGAGCGACGCGCAGGUUGAGGUAGCAAGGACCAACGUGAUCGCAAAGGUGUUUCAAUUCGCGGAGGGCGGGAAGCUGAAGAGAAAAAGAAAAAACAGGGAAGGUGCGGACGUUCCUGGGACAGAACAAGGUGUAGCUGCUGAUGCUGGUGGAGUAGAGAAGGAAGAACCACAGAGCAUUGCACCGGACGUGGCGUCGUCCGCAGAGAAGAAAAAGAAGAAAAAGCGAGAUCGGAAAGACGCGGAAGACGAAGACGAAGUGCUGGAGUCGGUCGAUCAAGUUUUAGGAGCACUUGAAAAUGAACUGGGCGGCGCGAAAAAAAAGAAAAAGAAAAAGCGAGCCGAAGAUCAUGAGAGCGAGCGCAUCGGCGGUGCAUGAGAGUAGAGCAGACGAGAACAAGUAGACCUUUACAGCGACUGAAGGAAUUAGCUCUCACUACACGAACCUCCGAACGCGAGUUUCUCGUUUUUUCACUUUUUUACCUAUCUGCAAAAUUACCUGGCGCAAUCAU